ACCCAACAUAGCCCAGAUGCCAGAAGUCCCUAAUUCCUAUGGCCCAGAUUCCGAUUUUGUAAUGGAACGCAAACUUUUUUUUUUCUUUUUUACUCCGUAUUUUUUUUGAACCCUCUGCAAAUCUGCGCCUCUGCGGCAUCGAACUCCAUAUUUCCACUACCUCUUGAUCACUUUCAGCUUUGGAAUCUUUUCCCCUUUGCUCUUCUUUCUUGACUCCUGAUCAGGAUACACAACAUGUUGAACUCGAGCAACACUGAGAAUACAAAGGAACUUGAAUCCGUCGAUAACUCUCAGCAAUCUCAGGUUGAAGACAAUUCAUCUGUGGAUGAUCUUAAAGUUGCCGGAGUAAAGGAAAAGCUUAAGCCCUUGCAGAAGGAGGAAGAAGUAGUAAAGAAAAAGUAUGGAGGAUUGCUAGCGAAAAAACCUCCGCUGAUAUCAAAGGACCACGAACGUGCAUUCUUUGAUUCUGCUGAUUGGGCAUUAGGAAAGCAAGGCGCCAUGAAGAGCAAAGGGCCAUUAGAAGCACUUCGCCCGAAGCUGGAACCAACGCCGCAUCAACAAAUCCCUACAAGGCUCUCAUCAUCUGCCCCUGCUGAUGAUCCCGAUGGAGAAGGCACCACGGAGGACAAUAUCAAGAAUGGCGAGUCGGAUCAAAUGGAGGAGGAGAAGUGUGGGACAAAACCAGAUGAGAUCACAAGUCACUGAUGAGAUCCACAACCUGCACAGCUAACCAUUUGGUGAAAAACUAUUAUCUUAUACUGGAAAUAAUUGGGAACAAAUUUUUGUGCCUCUUGUGUAUAUCAGCAUGGUUUGACCUUACCUUUUGUGGGAUUCUACUGGGAUUGUUGUUUAUGUAAAUCAGUAUAAUGUGAGGAACUUGAGAAAGCUUAUGAAACAGGGUUUGAUUCAUAACCAAAUUAUAUGCUCCAUAGAAACUAGUUUUACCUUUGCACUGG